UUUAAGAAGGAAACAGAAAAAAAACAGAGAACAGAAAAGCAAACGUUGCGUGGUGGGUGUCAAGUAGAGCUUGAUUGCGUAACCAACGAAACGAAAAGAGAUGUAAACGUCAAUCUAUUAUUUUAAUUUAAUUUUUUAAUAAUAAUAAUAAAAGAAUGUAAAACUAUAAAUAUAGAAGCCAUUAUUUUUACGAUGCCAUUGUGUUACUACCGUCAGCAUCUCCAAAAGAAGAGAGAAAGGCAGGUUUUUGCUGCUCCGCCAGAAGAAAUGGGUCUUUCUUCCUCUUCCAUUACCAAGGAUCCUCCUGCUACUCCUUCCUGGUUCACUCCCGAGAGGUUAUUGAUUCUAUUUUGUGUAAUAAACAUGAUAAAUUAUGUUGAUCAAGGAGUAAUAGGGAGUAAUGGUGUGAAUGGGAGUAUUAGGACUUGUGAUGACAAGGGAAUUUGCACAUCUGGUAGUGGAAUUCAGGGGGAGUUUGACUUGACUAAUUUUCAAGAUGGUCUCUUAUCAUCUGCAUUCAUGGUCGGAUUUCUUGUGGCGUCCCCAAUAUUUGCCUCUUUAACAAAGAGCCACCAUCCUUUUAGGCUUAUUGGAGUUGGAUUAUCUGUUUGGACCUUAGCUGCAGCUGGAUGUGGUAGUGCAUUUUCCUUUUGGUUUAUUGCAAUAUGCCGCAUGUUGGUUGGUGUUGGGGAAGCUUCCUUCAUAAGUCUUGCAGCUCCAUUUAUUGACGACAGUGCUCCCGUUUCUCAGGAAACAGCCUGGCUUGCGAUGUUUUAUAUCUGCAUACCUACUGGAAUUGCUGUUGGAUAUGUUUAUGGUGGAUUUGUUGGGAGCCAGUUUAACUGGCGCUAUGCUUUCUGGGGAGAGGCAUUAUUAAUGCUUCCAUUCGCGGUUUUUGGCUUUGCGUUUGAACCAUUACAGUUGAAAGAUUCAGAGGCAUCAAAAUUACAUGAUCAUAUUUUGGUUGGAGCUGACAGUAUGAGUGUAGAUGAAUUCAAGAAAACUUCAAAGUCAGUAAACAUUCACAAUAUCUUGAAUCAAUUUUCUCAGUUUGCAAAAGAUAUGAAAGCGCUUUUGGUGGACAAAGUUUAUGCUGUAAAUAUUUUUGGUUACAUAGCAUACAACUUCAUCAUUGGAGCAUACUCAUAUUGGGGGCCAAAGGCUGGUUAUAAUAUUUAUCAUAUGGAGAAUGCAGAUAUGAUGUUUGGAGGGAUUACAAUUGUUUGUGGGAUUUUAGGAACAUUAUCUGGUGGCUUCAUACUAGAUCGCUUGAGUGCUUCGAUAUAUAAAGCUUUUAUUCUUCUUUCAGGGGCAACGUGUCUGGGUGCAAUAUUUUGCUUUCUUGCCUUCUGUCUCAGGAGCUUGUAUGGUUUCAUAGUUUUUUUCGCAUUGGGUGAAAUUUUUGUUUUUGCAACACAGGCUCCAGUGAAUUACGUGAGUCUCCAUUGUGUCAAACCAAGUUUGAGACCAUUAUCUAUGGCCAUCUCUACCGUCUCAAUUCACAUCUUUGGCGAUGUGCCUUCCUCACCACUUAUGGGGGUCCUCCAGGAUAAUAUUAACAAUUGGAGGGCAAGUGCACUUAUUUUGACUUCUAUUCUCUUUCUUGCUGCUGGGAUAUGGUUUAUAGGUGUUUCUCUACAUAGUGACGACGCAUCUAAUGACAGAAGUGAAAGUCAAGUCUGUACAGUCACAGUAGACAAUGGAACACCAUUGCUUUAUGGAAAUGGGGAUGAAAGUUCUUACGAAGCCUAAGUUCAGACCUAAAUGCAGGCUGUCAGAUUCUCUGCAAUCAGUAAUGGGAGCAAAAUGACAGAUUUUGGUUGCAUCCCCCAAUGUACAAAGGCAUUCUGCAUUCGUGAUGGUGAGAUCGCGUGUAAUGAAUCAUGUGAAGAUAAACUUUCAAUAUAGGUCGAUCUCCGGGAAGGUACAGAGAAAAAGAAAGAGAUGAUACCGAAGGUAUUUGAUGUUGUGGAACUUACUGCAUCAACUAAUAUCUUUGUCACAUGCACAUUAUUUGCAGAUUGUAUUGUGAAUGGUAUUUAGAUUGGAGCUUCAAAAUUUGAUCAACCUCAUUUGCUUUGUUGGUUGAAGUAAUGGCUGCAAUUCAAGGAAGACUGCUGUCUUCUUCUUUUUAGUGUU